GGUUUAGCCAAGAUGUCGAGUGUUUCCCUGAUCGCAGUCUGUGUGUUGCUCUGCCUGAGCGGACAAGCCUGGGGUCAAUAUGAGGCCGUAGAUCAGGCCAUUGCCUGGGCCAACAAUGUCUACCAGACCGUUGGGGUUGUGACCAGAGAGAAGCUGCCAGUUACAGCUUCGGCUCAAAAGGAGGGACAGGAUAUGCUGGAUACCUUCAAAUUGGGCCUAACCCAUUGCGAGACUGAGCUGAAGGCCACCAGGAAUGUGGACCAGCACAGGACGUGUGUCAACGCCUUGACAGCUGGCUAUUACGCCUCUUUGGGUCAAUUGGCCGGCGAGCUGUGGGCCAUCCAUGGAGCCACCUCUGGGGCAUCGCGUCUCAGUUUGUUUUGGUAGUCUCAAAGUAUUAAAAGAAGGUGUCAACUGAAUCUCUUUGAAACUUGCACUUGUAUAAAAAUGAAAUAAUAAUUGUUAUUGGUUUAAGUUUACAAAAACAUUUAGAAAAUAAAGUAAAGAAUUGAAGACAUUUUGUAAU